AAGGAAGGAAACGAAAAGAAGAAGAAGAGGAUAGAAGCAAGCAGGAAGAAGGAUCAUCAGUACGGGUGUUGUUUCUUCUUCGAUGUUACGCGCACGUGUGCGUGCCGAAACGUGCCGUUCCUAAUAACGUGUAGUAGUAGUUGUUGGUUCGUCUAAAAAGAAAUAUAUAUACAUAUAUAUCUACAUAUAUAUAUAUAUCUAUAUAUAUAUAUAUACGUGCGCGUGAUAAAAAUCGCGAUUACUCGUGCGACGAUCAGUGAUCGAGCGUCAAGUUUUAGUUGUUGUGCGUCGUAUAUAAUCGUCGUCAUCGUCGUCAUCGUCGUUAUCAUCGUCAUCGUCGUCGUCAUUUCUCGCAGCUAUUAGCUCUAGUCUACAAAAUCCUUCCUUUUAAUUUUCUCAGUGUCAUUAUCUAUCUAUCUAUCUAUUAUCUAUCUAUCUAUCUCUUUCUCUCUCUCUCUCUUUCAUUCUUUUUUUCUAUCUCCAUUGUUAUCUCCAUGUUCACCGUUGUGAUCGUCCACGAAACUUAAGCAAACUUGUUCUUCGAAGAACGACGAAUAAGAAAGAAAGAGAAAUAAAGUCAACACAACGACGUCACGUAACCAUGGAUAUCCUGCCGAGCGGGAACAUAUUUAGGGAGUUGCAGGACAUACAUGAUACUGGAUACUUUUCGGCCCAGCCGUCGCUCGAGGAUCACUGGCAACAGACAUGCUACGAGAUGGAGAGGUACCUGAAGGACGAGCCGAAGCUACAAUCGUACAAAAAGUUGCCCACGGAAUUGGACACAGCACCCUGGAAUCUUUUCAGGGCGCCACCUAUUUCGUGGACGGCAACCACUGGCACCGCCAACUCACAAUUUGAGUCCCCAAUCAAAAUGGAGGUAACGACGUCGUCAGACGACAGAGAGACGCUUUGUCUGGAGGACAUCAAAUUUGGACCUGGCGAUCACAACCACAAUGGCCGUGAUAGGGAUCUCCUCGAUCGACACCUCGACUCUUUAUCGAUGUCAUCGGCUAGUUCAGCGUGUUCGGCGUUAUCUUGGGAUAGCUCGCCCUCCCUCUCGUGUACGACGCUUAUUCUUAAAAAGGAACCGAGCGAAGACCUCGAGGAGGAUGAGGAACACGAGGAGAUCGAGGAAGAGGAGGACAGCGGGUGUGAGAGCGAAGGUCAGAUCCUGACACCGCCGUCGAGUCCAGGCUCGGGUCAAGGUCAUUCCAACUCCAGUCACUCGUCGAGCGGUAGUUCGAUGCUCGACGUGCACAACCUCAACCUUCAUGGAACGGGCGGUAGGAGUGCAAUCGUCAGGGUUACCACCAGCAACGCGCAGGGCGUCGCGAGACUAAUCUCCAUGACGGCAAAUGGCUUCUCAGCGGUCGCGAGCACACAGCACGCGCAUACAGGUGCGAGUGCAUCAGCGAGCACGGUAUCCAAUAGGCAUCAUGCGAGGAGCCACGAGCACAGCCCACCCGACACGAAACGCAGGAUACACAAAUGCCAAUUUCCGGGAUGCAAAAAGGUUUAUACCAAGAGUUCGCAUCUUAAAGCCCACCAGAGGACACAUACGGGUGAGAAGCCGUACAAGUGCAGCUGGGAAGGAUGCGAAUGGCGAUUUGCUCGUUCGGACGAGCUAACGCGUCACUAUCGCAAGCACACUGGAGCGAAGCCGUUCAAAUGUCGGCAUUGCGACCGAUGCUUUUCCCGCAGUGAUCACCUCGCGCUCCACAUGAAGAGACACGUAUAAUCCAUCGUCUCACCGAGCGGUCCUCGAAGCCGCGCGGAAUGGCGACGGUCCACCGAGAGAAACGGCGAUAGAAAAAGCGAAAAUAAGGAAAGGAAGAAGAAGAAGAAGAAGAAGAAGAAGAAAAAGAAGAAGAAGAAGAAAAAGAAGAAGAUUAAGAAGAAAAAGAAAAAGAAGAGUAAGAGGAAGAAGAAAAAAAAGAAGAAAAGGAAGAGGAAAACGAAAAAGAGAAGGAAAAGAUGGACGAACAAAAAUGGCGUCGUCGAACGUGGCAAAAUGGAGAGAUCGGAGACGACGAUGACGAUUCGUUGUCGUCAUCGCCGUCAUCGUCGUUGCCAUCGACGUUAUUUCCAACGAAGAGGA